AAAGAAAGAAAAUAAAAAAAUAUCUUCUUCUUCUUCACCCUAACACAGAGCAAAUAAAAAUGGCGUCCAUAGCCGGUGUUAGUAUAACAAUCCCAACAAUUUCAUCCGAUUCACCCAAAAUUCAGCCCUUGAAAUUGCAAACCCUAAACAGCCCAUGGAAGAAAUCAAGUCAAUUGGGUUACAGGAGGAUGAUGUAUGUAGUGGUACCCAGAGUAGUUCCGGAUAAGAAGCUAUCUGAUUUAGUUGCGGAAAGUGUUAAAGAAGCUGAAGAAACUUGUGCGGAGGAUCCGGUGAGCGGCGAGUGUAAGGCGGCAUGGGAUGUGGUGGAAGAGACGAGUGCAGCAGCGAGCCAUGCGAGGGAUAAGAAGAAGGAAUCAGAUGUACUGGAGAAUUAUUGCAAGGAUAAUCCAGAAACUGAUGAAUGCCGCACUUACGAUAAUUAAUUAUGAUGAUGAUUAGUAGCAGCUACUCAUGUCAUGUCUUGUGUUCUUUUCAAAUGGUAAUCUGUUUUAUCAAAACUUAAAUCUUCUCUUAUGUUAUGUAUGGUAUGGUGUUUAAUUAUACAUACUGUUACCAUGAAUUCCAAUUUAUGUGAUAUAGUUUGAACGAA